AGAUGAUUCAAACUUUAAGAGCGCUGUGAACUACUACACAUCUUGUACGGACAGUUUAAAAAGGGGAACUGAUGUGAUUGAAGAAGACGUUAUUAAAUUGAUAAUAUCUCUAUUCAAAGGGUGGUACUUGACAAAUGAUUACAACAAAAACCCCUUGAUUGUCAGAAAGAGUCUCAUGAGGGAUGAAACAUUCAGUCUUACGGGUUUACUUUUACCUUUGUUGCUUCAAAGUGGAAGUACAUCUUUAUUUUCACUAAAGCUAAUAAAGGAUGACAACCCACACAUUCAUAUUUCUCCAGGUUCACUGGAAGCCUUUGAUGCUGUUACUUCUAGCGUGUCCGAUGGUGAGAGCACAAGUGAGGGUGAACAACUUUUCGAAUAUAUGAAGACAAUUGGACCUACGAAGAAAAAAAUUAUAAAAGAAGCUUUCAGCUUGCAUUCUGAAAUCAAACUUGCAAUACAACCAUCUGGUCCUGAUUCAGAAGUCACAAUUGAGAAGUUAACGGAAAUCUGUGAAAUAAUUGAUUGGAAUCUUUUAUUUGAGAGUGUAUUCAAUGAAAUCAAGUAUGAUUCAUACAAGAAUAUGAAAAUUGUUGUCUAUAAUCAAGAUUCGUUGAAGAGAGUUUGUGAUAAACACACAGAGUUUAUGAGAACAGAAAAAGGAAGAAAAAAUUUACACUCGAUGACAGUGAUCAGUUUCUUGUUCAACAUGAGAAAUAUAUUGAAUCGGUAUUUCAAAGAGUUUUAUCCUGCUAAUGUUCAAAUGUCAGCGAAAAAGCCAACAAGUUGCAUUGAUGAAGUAAAAGAAAAUUUCCGAUGGACAAUAGAAAAGUAUCAAAAAUAUUCUAGUAUAAGUGAAAGUACACAAAAUCAAGUUCUCGAAAUGUUCAAACAAUUGAAAACGACCUUCAUUAAUUCAUUGUCAUCAAAGUCAUGGUCCAGUGAAGAUGAAAAGCAGAAAUUCAUCAACUUGGCUAAUGAGUAUCAGUUGUCCAUAAUUACUUCGAAAAGUUUGUCCGCAGCCGAAAGAGACAGCCGAGAUUUCAUAUUCAAUAAUGAAAUUUCCGAGGAUGAUUACUUAAUGAAUGUGUACUAUUCCCAGAAAACCAAGUUCCUUAAAUCAAUUUACAAACCACUGGAUACUGACGUGGAACCUGACGCGUUCAGUUUUAUGCCAUACAUAUCUAGUUCGGUUGAAGAUAAACUUAUUAAGGUAUCUGCCGGUCUAUUAAAUCUACUAUAUCACAAAAAAGGAUAUUCAAUGUCUGAACAAUAUGGGACUAUCGGUUGGUUUAUUGGUCGCCAGCUGAUGUAUGAAGUAAAUAAUAACAAGAAAGCAGAUGCACCUGAGAGUUCUCAGUUCGCCUGUAAUUCACCAGACGCAACAGUUUUUGAGGCUCAACUAUGCUGCUUGCAGAAACAAGACGAGUUCAAAGAAUACAACGAAAAGAAUUUGAGGUCUUUGUCAGCUGAUAUUAAUGGUCUCAUGCUAUCCUUUAAAACAUACACGGGUCAUGGAGAUUUGCAAGGAAAGAACUCGUUUUACACAUCGUUUGCAAAAAUGAUGUGUAAUAGCGACUUCACAGAUGUCAUUCAUACUAAAUUACAGUCUCCCGACGCCGUCCAUAAAUUCAGGUGUACUUUUCUCAUCUCUAAAAAUUGAAGUUUUCAAUUUUCGAGAAAAUUAUUCAAUAUUUCAUAUCUUUGAAGCAUGAUAACGUAAAUACGAUUAAUGAAUGACACAUAUUUCAUAGGAUAGGUAAGCACGACAGUCAUCCGUACCAUACGAAUUCUAAUCCUCAAGCAUUGAACAGAUAGUGAAGAAGUGUAACUAACCGUUUUAUCGCAGAAAAAAAACACGUUAAACAAAACAAUUUCUUGCAGACAUUACAGUUCAGUGAUUGUCGUUUCAUAUUCAGAAUAUGGGUACAUUUCACUCAAUGUGGUUUGCCAACUGCAUUAUAUAGUAUUUCACCUUGUGACACACUUUCCAUUUCUUUCAACAUACAUCUCAAAUAUCCACCCACCAAGGCUGUAUUCUUUCCUGUGCAUUAAUGCAGAUGUGAAUAUUCAAUAUCAAAUCAUCCAUAUCAUAUUUGCUUCAAUGAAUGAAAUCAAUAAUUAUUCCAUACAUUUAUUCACGAAUGAUUAGAAUAGUCUAUUAUGAUCCUACGACUUACUAAAUACGUUUUGUUUUAACAUUUCUCAUUACCAGUGUGAAUGAUCUUCUGAAACACAGUCAGGAAUUUGCCACUACACACCGAUGUGCAUCUGGUUCAAAAAUGAAUCCUGUGAACAAAUGUGUUCUUUAGAGCAAAGCAUAAAUAAUGCGUGUUCGUAUGUGGAAAUAUCUGAUGGAGUGUUUCCGCGAUUUCUUUUUGAUAUAA